AUGGGUUCGCUCGGCAGCUUCCUCAUUGUUUACGUGCUCGGGGGGCUCACCUUCAUCCCACUGGUCUUGUCACUGGUCCUACUCUUCGUCUACCUCACCCUUCCGGAUGCGCCGCCAUCACAGACCAGAAUCCAAGCUUCCGAUGCGGUCCGCCGCUCCGCCGACGACGAGUAUAGCUUGAAGUCUGGCACAGAUCAGUUGGCGGAAGAGUUCCACCGAACGCACGACUCGGAUGUUGCAGCUGGAUAUUUUGCUGUUUGUCGCGAAUAUGUGCCUGGGGGUGUCAAUGGGAAGCCUCCGGAGAGAACGACUCCGGCUGGAGAGGUUGUUGCUGCUGAAAGCCCCAGCGUUUAUCAGUCCAUGUAUCGCAGUUUGUUCGAUCGCAAGCAAGCGCCUAGUAUCGAGCCCGCGAAGUUGAAUGGGAAGAACACGAAACGGGCACGGAAUGUCUUUUACAUUGUUCUCAGGCAUGGCCAUUUGAUGCUCUAUGACGACGCAAAUCAGGUUGAGGUACGAUAUGUAAUUUCACUCGCCCACCAUGCUGUGUCUAUCUUUGGUGGCGAAGGAGAGAUCCCCGAAGGUGAGCUUUGGAUCAAGAGGAACGCCAUCUGUCUCUCGCGGCGACUGGACUCGCUUGGAGAUUUGGGAGGACCGACGCCACCAUUCUAUCUCUUCUCUGAAAAUCUAUCGGAGAAAGAGGAUUUCUAUUUCGCCAUGCUCCAGAACCAGUCCAAGAUGCGAGAUUCCGCGGAUCGCCCGCCCAAACAUCAAGAAUUUGAUGUUAAGCACAUUGUCACACUGGUUCAACGCCUUCACUCCUCUGAAGAACAACUGCAGACUCGGUGGAUCAACGCAUUCCUUGGUCGAUUGUUCUUGGCUCUUUACCAGACCCCAGAGAUGGAAGAGUUCCUACGGAGUAAGAUUACGAAGAAAAUCUCUCGGGUGAACAAACCGAAUUUCAUAAGUAAAAUUGGUCUGCACAGAAUUGUCAUGGGUGAUGGAGCCCCAUUCAUCACUAACCCCCGGUUAAAGGAUUUGACAGCCGAUGGCAACUGUUGCAUCGAAGCAGAUCUCCAAUACACAGGCAAUUUCCGCGUUGAAAUAUCGGCUACAGUGCGCAUUGAUCUCGGUCCUCGAUUCAAGGCCAGGGAAGUUGAUAUUGUGCUGGCAGUUGUGCUGAAGAAACUGGAGGGUCAUCUACUGGUCCGCUUCAAACCUCCACCAAGCAAUCGUUUCUGGAUGUCUUUUGAAACAAUGCCGCAAAUGUCGAUGGACAUUCAGCCCAUAGUUAGCUCCAAGCAGAUUACAUUUAGCCCUAUCUUGCGCACCAUCGAGAGUAAGAUCCGUGAAGUGAUGGCAGAGAGCAUUGUUCUACCAUUCUGGGACGAUGUCCCCUUCUUGAACACCAUGGGCCAGGCUUUCCGUGGUGGCAUCUGGCAACGCGAAGUGCCUGAUCACAGUGACGAGGCAGAGAUUCCCGAUGAAUCUGGCGAUGCCCCGGCGACGCCGAAAACUGCACCUCCUGAUCCCAUAGAGGUCUUAAAGGCCAAGGAUGAUCGGACAAUGAGCAUGCCCGUUCUUCCUGAUUCUGGCUCGCCGAAGGUGAAAUCACGCAGAGGUCCGAAGUCGUUAUCCUCAGACACGAAUAUCAAAUCUUCGACGGCAACCUCUACUGGAGUGGAAAGAUCCGAUAUAACCCCCUUACCCCGUGCCAUUCGGUCUCAGACCUUUUCUCAUGCAGCGGAUCCCGUGGUGACGGCGGACAAUGCCAAUUUCAACAAAGCUGAAUCCGAGACUAAGGGUGACGAGAAGAGCAGCGCAACUAGUGCUAUGAUUGAAAUAUCAAGUCGCUCCCCGCCUGCUUCACCGCAACGAACCCCAGGCAGUUCGCCACCUACCGGUGGCCUGAUGAUCCCAGAGAGUGCGGUCCAUAGUCGUGGAUCCUCGAUUGCGGAAUCCCUUGACGGCUUGAACUUCUCCAAUGACCAUGUCAAUAACUUUGCUCGCUUCGAGGGUAACCCCAAUUCCAGCACGCGCAGCUCUCGAGGCAGCUCUACUGUCUCACUUGUGAGCGAAAAACCACGCCGCAGCACCAUGGAAACCCUGACAAAAUCAAUUACCAAUACAUUCGAAGAUAAGACUAGUAACAUCAAUAUUGGAACGACUGCAGCUGCUGCAAAGAAAUGGAGCUGGGGUGUCUUUGGAAAAGGCGAGUCGAAUGCUCGCCAGGAAACGGCCCGCUCCACUGCAGGUACUCCCGAACAGCCUAUUGGACGUGGACAUCCCCAUCCCGCGCCUGGUGCCCCCUUGCCUCGCCCGGACAAAUUUGCUCUGAAGAGAAACUCCACCUCAAAUACUCUCCCCAAGCGGAAGCCCGUAGGACCGAUUGCCUCACCUGGGCGACCAAACGCAGGAAGUUCUCGACCUGUCCCGCCACCACCAUUGCCUCGCAGGAAACCGAUUCCUCCUAUCAUGCGGCCUGAUGGUGUUGAUGAGUUACUCGUGGUAGAAGCCCCCCAAGACUCUGCACCAAACAGCCCAAUCGUGGGAGAGUUGGACUUGGAUGAGGGCUCAAAUGUCACAGGCCUGCAUCCGAGCGAGAAUUCAUCCAGAAUAAACCUAGCUGAGACAGAGUCUCAUUCGGAAGAUGAGGAGGGACAAGAGGAUCAAUCCCUCCAAUCCAUUGACCAGACCGGCUCUUCUCCGACAGAAAGCCAGGGCAAUGUCUCAUUCUUGGAGCAAGUUGAAGUGCCAUUGGCAUAA